AGCUUGCUCAUUGCAGCAUCUGGUCAACGUGGAAACGAGCCUUUUUGUGGGUUUCAAGCCUGCUGGCGGCUGGGUAUACUUCCGCCUUAUGCCUCACUGACCCUCCCUUCGUUCUUCAACCCCUGCUUUGAGUUCAAGUUCGGUUCAGAUAUAAGAAUCCGCGGCCCCGGACUCCCCGCGUCUCCUGUUUUUCGCUCUUCCGUAUAUUCGAUAACUUCUUCUUUGUUUGUUCCGUCGGUUGUCUUCAGGAUGGCGCAAGGACACACUGCGCGGUCAGUGGCCUCACGGGACGCCUGUACGGGCGUUGCAACUACCUUCACUAUAAUAUCUUUCCUCAUAGUUGCCCUGCGGUUAUAUACGCGCUCCGUCUACCUUCGCAAACCGGGCACAGAUGAUUAUGCCAUGGUCGCCGCCUUGAUCUUCACUAUCGGAUACCUCGCCUGCAUCUGGGUCAUCAGAUUCGCCGGCAUGGGAUUAAGUGGCACUGUCCUCUCAGUGCGCCAAAUGGAGGAUCAACUCAAAGCCGUCGUUGCUAUUGAGGUCAUAUACUACCUUUCUGUCUUUCUCAUCAAGCUCUCCAUCUGCUUUUGCUAUCUGCGUAUAGCUGCGGUGAAAAGUUUUGAACGCAUGACAAAGUACACCAUCUACUUUGUUUCCGUAUUCUGCGGAAUAUGUAUCAUUUGCACUCUAGCACAAUGUGUUCCACUCCACAAACUGUGGGACUUCACCGGCACAGUACAAGGGACAUGUAUCAACACAACUGCCCUCUUUUACGCAACCAGCAGCAUCAAUAUCCUAACCGACUUCUGGAUCCUCUUCCUCCCUGUACGCACCCUCCUCAAGAUCCAGCGCCCGCAACACGAAAAACUCGCCUUGAUCGUCGUCUUCUCCCUCGGUGUCUUCUCCUGCAUCGCCUCCAUUGUGCGCCUCCACUCCAUCCACAUCUACACCGAAUCCGAUGACCCCUUUUACGACUCUGUCCCCGUAAAUCUAUGGUCCAUGGUCGAAGUCAACAUCGGCAUCUGGUGCGCGUCCAUCCCGGCCCUCAAAGCCCUCGUUUCUCGGAACCAACGCGAAGCCCGCUCUCACAAGAAGACGGCUGCUAGCUCCAUGUACCGCGAUAGCAAAUACGCAAAUGGAACGAGAUUGUCUGUCGAUGAGGUAGUGCCCUGCAAUGAGCCUACUAGUCCGACGGAUGAUGGGAGGAGAGGGGCUGACAGCGGUUUUGGUAUGAUGAGCUUGGGUUCGAAGAGGGCCAGCGAGGAUGGUACCGUGCAGGCCCCGGACCAUGUCGCGAGGAAAAAUAGCAAUGCCGGGAGUAGCGUGUGGACUGAUCCCGAGAGUGAAGUUGACUUGUAUCGUCUUCCUGCAGACGAAAGAGUUUGA